ACCUAACCCCCCCCACUAACGAAAUAACAGACUAAACCAUCGCGGCUCCUACUCAUCCACUACCAACUCCUCACCACCAAACUACCCGACUGAAACUCAACCUCACCAACUCCCGUCCUCCCUCUUCUAUUUAUUUUCCUUCCCAUCCUAUUCCCCUCACGCCUUAUCCCUCAACCCCUCCCCCUUUCCCAUCUAAUCUAUCAUCAUGGCCGAUUCUCUCACUGAGGAGCAAGUCUCCGAGUACAAGGAGGCCUUCUCCCUCUUCGAUAAGGAUGGCGAUGGACAAAUCACCACCAAGGAGCUGGGCACCGUCAUGCGGUCGCUGGGCCAGAACCCCUCCGAGUCGGAACUCCAGGACAUGAUCAACGAGGUUGACGCGGACAACAACGGCACCAUCGAUUUCCCUGAAUUCCUCACCAUGAUGGCUCGUAAGAUGAAGGACACCGACUCGGAGGAGGAGAUCCGGGAAGCGUUCAAGGUCUUCGAUCGCGACAACAACGGCUUCAUCUCCGCCGCGGAGCUGCGCCACGUCAUGACCUCCAUCGGCGAGAAGCUGACCGACGACGAGGUUGACGAGAUGAUCCGCGAGGCCGACCAGGACGGCGACGGCCGCAUCGACUACAACGAGUUCGUGCAGCUCAUGAUGCAAAAAUAAACGCACCAGUCAAGUUAGUGAAGCGGUGGAAGUGGGGGUAAAGACUGUGUUCAUCUUGCACCGUCUCGUUCGAUCGCUUCGUCUACCUUUGGCUGGCGAUUUGGCAGGACGGCUUGCAUUUGGACGCGACUUGUCUUCUUGUGUUGGAGACGGAUGAGGGACCCAUAAUGGCUGAUAGGGAAUUUAUCUCUCGUUUGGAUCAUCUCUCGAUGACGUGGACGUCAUCUCCGUCUUCAGGCUGGGUUUUGUUUGUUUAUCUAUCUAUGUCCAUAUUGCCACCUCCCUGCAUUUCCGAUUGAACCGUGUUUUAGCCCAUGUC